AAACAACAUCCUGACUGAUUAAAACAGCCUUCAACAUGAGAAACAAAAGUGAAAGAAAGACAUCCAUAUUUGGAGUUUCCUCUUGAGGAUUUUUGUCUGAGGCAGGACGAGAAGGAGAUUCACUUUCGUACGGACUCGGACGGAGGCAUACUGAAGCCAUCAUGAGCACUUUCCAAUGGGCAGAAGAUGACUUCCUUCCUCCUGGAGUAUUUCGACUGGAUGCUGAACCGCCACAUGACGGUUGCACCUAUGUCAUGUACCAUGGCACUACUCAGGCAUAUGCUCAGAGCAUUGUUGCCUCAGGUUUUCGCCGGUCUUCAGGUGGGAUGCUUGGUCCUGGGGUUUACCUCAGCCGGGACCUUCAAAAAGCUUCUCGUUAUCCUCCUAAUCACCCAGAAUGGGACAAGGUUGUCAUCAAAGUUAAGGUCAAUGUGGGGAGAGUGAUUGUCAUCAAUCGCCAGAACCACCCUUUCCAGAAGACCUGGAGUAAUCAGGGGUAUGACACUGCCUGGGUUCCUCCUAAAUGUGGGAUGGUGAGGAGUGGCCUGGAGGAGAACUGCGUCUGGGACCCUAGACGAAUUCAGAUCCUUCAGCUCAUCGAACCAAUUAUUGUCGGAUAUUGAUGUGGUUCACAUGAUUACUAAAAGGAAGCUGUUAUUUUUGUAUGUUGAAAUGUAUUUUUAUACAAUUUGAUGACAAAAACAUUUAGCAGCUGUCUUAAUGACCUGGAAAUUAAAAUCAUGGAUUUGA